CCUCACGCUAGAUGCCCCUCCCCUCAGAGUCGAUCAGACCAGGCCCAGGGCCUCCCCAAACUUCCCAAGCCAAUUUCCGUUUUCUCCUUCUCUCUCUCUUUCUCUGAUAUUGUAUUUCCUUUCACUUACAAAUUUACUUGUAUACUAUAGGCCUAUAAUCUACAUUUCUCAGAAGAAUGUUUCACUUAGUGGGGCAGAACUCAAACUCAGACUCAGAGCAGCAAGAGAGACACACACAGUUCCCGCGGGCCUGCCGCGCCCCGGCGCGGCCGGCCACGCAGCAUGCAGCGAGCUAGUCGCCGGAGGAUUCAGUCGGACCUGCCGAGGCGAGAUAUUUCUCGUGAGAUUGUUGGAAUAAAUAGCCGAGGAAUUCAUGCAAAAGAAGUAGACUAAAAUGUCUCUACUACAGAAUGGGAGGAUGAGCUACUUGAUGCAGCGAUUCUUCAAACAGCAGUUCAGGCAACAAUGCAGAAGGAGCCCAAUAGUUCCAACCCCUGCUCAUCCUGCAAGACAUGUCCAAAUCCUUACGGACUUUGGAUUCUUCAAGAAUGAGCGUCCAGAUGCACAGAUUCAUCAGAACAGAAAUGGCAUGCUAACAACCCCAUGCAUUUGGAGAAGGGGCUAUGCUGGGGGUUCAACCAAUAAAACCAAACUGGUAAAGAAGGGACCUCGUCCUGGAAAGAAAGAUAAGCAGCAGCAUCAAGCAGAGGUACUCCUGAAGAAGAAAGUAAUUGCUGUUUCAGGACCAAUGACAGUGAAACAGCUUCAAGAAGCUAUGGGUGUAGAGGAAGAUUACAUCUAUGAAUUUCUAUUAGAUACAGACGUUGACUUUUCUCCAUCAUCAGUUCUGAAGCCGUCCAUCAUUGAAGAUAUUGUGACUGAUUCGGACAUGCAUUAUCUACGUAUCAAGAAAAUGAAGGAGAAACCAACCAAAGACAAGGAUGAAUAUCCCAGACCCCCAGCUGACCCCUCACUGCUGAAGUCCCGCUCACCUGUAGUGACCAUCAUGGGCCAUGUUGACCAUGGAAAGACCACUCUCCUGGACACGUUACGUAAGACCUCUGUAGCGGCCGGUGAGGCAGGAGGUAUCACUCAGCAUAUAGGAGCAUUCCAGGUAAAGCUUCCAUCUGGUCAAAUCAUCACUUUUCUGGACACACCGGGUCAUGCAGCCUUUAAAGCCAUGAGGGAACGGGGUGCUGAGGUAACCGACAUUGUGGUACUGGUCGUUGCAGCGGAUGAUGGUGUCAUGGAACAGACAAGAGAAUCUAUCAAAUAUGCAAGGAAUGCUGGAGUUCCCAUCAUUGUAGCUUUGAACAAAUGUGACAAACCUGAUGCUGAUCCAGACUUCACAAGGAAAGAUCUUCUUGCCAAUGACAUUGUCAUUGAAGAGUAUGGAGGAGAUAUCCAAUGUGUAGAGAUUUCAGCACUCAAGGGUCAUAAUCUAGAAGCUCUGUGUGAGGCAGUGAUGACACAAGCAGAAGUCCAGGAACUGACCGCAGACCAGACUGGUCUAGCUGAAGGGGUCAUUGUGGAAUGCAAAGUGGACAAAGGAAUGGGGCCAGUGGUCACGCUGAUUGUCCAGCGUGGUAUCCUGAAAAAGGGGGCAGUGUUAGUAGCUGGAACAGCCAAGUGCAGGGUGCGUGCCAUGCAGAAUGAAAGGGGAGAGCCCAUGGAGCAAGCAUUACCCAGUCAACCUGUGGAAGUUACAGGAUGGAAGGAGACCCCCGCUGCGGGAGAUCAAGUCUUACAAGUUGAAUCUGAGAAGCAGGCCAAGGAGGUAAUCAAGUGGCGGGAGGAGAAAGCAUCCUCAUCCAAGCUAGAGGAGGAUGCGGUUGUUGUGGAGAAGAAGACAAGUGAGCAUCGGAGGAUGUAUGAAGCACGACGGGAGGCUCACUCCAAGAUGCAUUGGAGGGAGAUUAGGGCAGAGAAGGUGACUGCGAGGUUCCUCAAAGAGAAAGAAUCUACCCCUUCAGGGGAUCCUGAGCUUAACUUGAUUAUCAAAGGUGAUGUUGAUGGUUCAGUGGAAGCCAUCUUGGACACCCUAUCCACCUACACAGCCCACCAACAAUGCAAACUCAACAUCCUCAACUUCGGGGUUGGGGUCAUAUCGGACAAAGACGUGGAGCUUGCUAACACGUUUAAUGGUGCCAUUGUGGGAUUCAACGUGGCUGCUACAGAAGAUGCCGAGGAGAUGGCAAAGGCUAAAGGAGUGCCUCUCAAAAUGCAUAAUAUUAUCUAUAGACUGGUGGAUGAUCUCAGAGAGGAUCUUAGCAGGAGGUUACCCCUGUUGGAACAGGAAUCUGUAAUAGGAGAGGCAGCUGUCCUACAACCGUUUGAGAUCUCUAUCGGCAAGAGGAAAGUCAGUGUAGCAGGAUGCAGGGUGGACAAGGGAGAACUCCAAUCAAGGGGGCUAUUCAAGCUUAUUAGGAAUCAGAAAACUAUUCAUCAGGGACCCCUGGCAUCAUUGAAACAUCAUAAAGAUGACGUCAGCAAUGUGAAACGAGGAUUGGAGUGCGGCGUUAGGUUUGAAGAACAAUUGGACUAUGAGAUUGGAGACACUAUUAUAUGCUACGAGAUAGAGAGAAUACCUCAAGAAAUUGAAUGGGAACUUGAUUUCUGAUUAUGGAUGAUAUCGAUUUAGUUACAUUGAACUGGACAAAUUCUGUUAAAAGAAAAAUUAAAUUGUUGGUUGAUGUGAGGUCAGUUUUCUGGCAGAAUGUGAAAUGGAACACAUUGAAAAAUUUGUACUUGUGAAGUGCAUGUACUGUAUAUACAACAGUGGUCAAGGAAUUCCACUGUUUUCAUGGCUUGGUCAGCUCUCUUAAUUCCGUGCUCUAAGCAAACAAGGAAUUGUGUACUAGAUUUACGCCUCCAUGGAUGAUGAAAAAUGCAGUAGUAAUGUUGUGCAGAAGCAGUAGCUGUGAUCGAACUCGGGCUACAAGAUCCUCAGCUUGAAGCAAAAAUACACAAGACUACUGUACUACAUCAGUUUCAGAUCUGAGAGUGCUUCAUGAAGGGACUUGUUAGAUGUUUUAUCCAAUAUUCACCACAGUAAAAUGUAGAUACUUAUGGGCAAUUCCAUAGGUUGGUGGACAUGAGCUCAAUGUGUCUUUGUACAUAUAGCCCAUCUGAACCGUAACGUGUGUAACCACUUUAUCUGCACCCCUAGUAAAAACCAUGUGUUCUUUAUAUUUUGAAUUAUUUACAAAUUUGUCUCCCUAAUAUACUUCUUUGAAAUGGAUAUAAUCAACUUUCAUAAAAGCCUUGCAUGAGGACACUUUUUACUUAUGUCCACUUUUCAUUUUAUGCAUGUCCAAAUCAUGUAACAUGAGUAACCGACACAUUUCAAAGAUUUGCCAGGAGCAUAAUGAAAUUUCCCAAGUUUUGUUUUUAUACAAAGGAUAGUCAGACUGCGUACUAUGUUGUGAUAAAGAGAUGUUUAGUUCCUAUCAAUAAUAAUGGAGUUCGUUACGAAACUUUGUGUUUAAGAAUGGAUCUCAUCUGACACCCCAAUUUCAAAUUCCAAGCUACUUUCACUCGCCCCCCCCCCAUCCCGAUAUCAACAAGGAAUGGUUAUCCUUAAGUAAACAACCACGCACUCUCCCAGAUAAUCCACCUUCCCCCAAGGAGAAGUGACCUUCAUAAGGCCUGGCAGAGAGAGAGAGAGAGAGGGAGUUAACUGGGGGUGAUUUUUUAAAACUUAUUGUUAUUUCGGCAAUUGUGGGUCAUUUUGCAUCGUUCAAAAUUUCAGUUCGAUCUCCAUCUAAAUAUUGAAUCGUUUUUAGACAUGCUAAUAUCCUAAAACAAAUAGAAUACAAAUUUAUUCUUUCAAGAUUACUGUCAGCCAGGAAGCUCUGAAGAGUUUGUUUAUACUAUUACGUAACAAGGACAGCUGCAAUCCCACUCAAUGCCGUUCAUCAGCCUGAUGUGGUGGCAUGCACAGUGUUUUAUCGGCUCUUAUCAGCAGCUGCAGUCACUAAAUCGACCCCACCCCAGUUUAAACGAGAGAAAUGAAACUUUCCCCAAAACUGAAAGUGGGGUGUCAAUACCCCACUUGAGCUCCCGUUGACUUAUACACGCAAGGCAUCAUCAGCAGUCAGAUGAACCCCACCCCAGUUUAAACGAGAGAAAUGAAGCUCUCCCAAAAUCUGAAAUUGGGGUUUCAAAUACCCCACCUGAGCUCCCAUUGACACAACAUGCAAGGCAAUGGAGUUCCUGUGUUAUAAGCUGGUGGGGUAUUUUUUAAACACAGGAUUCGCGUAAUGUACAGCUCCAAGUAUGAGUCAAGGUGUCUCCAAAUGUAACGUGAGUAACCGUGGAAUAGCCCUUAUGCUUUUUAAAGCCAUCACACACCUUACGUCUGGUCCUCAAUCUGAUUUUGGAACAAUUCGCAUUUUGCUCAUUUACUGAAAAUGUGAAUGAAAAGUAUCUUUUUAUUUCAGGUUCAAAUUAACUGAAAGAAUAUUAAAAUAUAACAAUUUUUGAUGAUUGCAAACCUUUAUUUUGGAGUAAAGGCCAAAUUAGUUUAAAAUCAUAGCCAAGCGUACGAUUGCUAUGACGUCAUUAGGACUACAUAUUAAAAUUCGAUUUUAUUCUUAUAAAGUUAAUAGCAUAGUCACAGAUUUGAACACAGUUAUUCCUACAAUGAUUUAGAACAUUGCACAGUAGGAAAAUCCAUGUAUCAAUAGUAGCAUCAAAUUCUACGUAUUAUUUCAAAAUCGGGUCACAGACCAAUCGUAAGGUGUGUGGUGGCCUUUAGCCAAUCAAAGUUAAGGAAAAGUUGUCCAACAACAAAUGUUGAUGAAAUGCUCUCGGGUAGGGAGGCACCUUUGAAUGUUUUUCACAGAUCAAUGGUCAUGAGAUCAAAUGUUCCUAUUGUAUGGGAAAAACAAUAUUGAAAUCUGACAUGUACAAGCUUGAAAACUGAAAUACUGUGAAGACAUGGGUACUUCAAUAAAAUAUGUACAUGUGGGCCCUGUCUUACAAAGACUUGUGAUUGAUUUUCUACAUAUGUUUAUUCAUACAUUUACUGUUUUCUUGUCAAUUCAGUAUGCUUCUCUUUGUUUUCAAAGGACAUUGUGCAAAUUUCCUAUAAAAAAAUUAUGACAUUGAUGGAUUUCCAUAUAUUUGAGGUUGAUCAGAUCAAUCUUAACUCUUUGUAAGACGGGGCCCAGACCCGGGGGGGGGGGGGGAGGGCCACUUACAUUGAUGAGUGGAUACCAUGCGUGACCAAAAAAACAUGUAAAAAGGAUGUCUUUUUCAAGAUAGGGCACGUUACGUACGUAUCGUGAUAAGGGUGUCAAAAACACAAAAUUAUUGAAAAAAGGGUAUCUAUUUCGCUCGGAAAAAAUAUACGUGUUUAGGGUCAAAUAUGCGGGGAUGAUGAAACAAAAUCAAAAUGUUUUAUAAAGGAUGUCCUUUUUGCCCCAACACUACGUGUUUAGAGUCCGAUUUGCGCGAGGCGUGGAAGGUGGGGCCGUACUAAACCAAGAUAAUGGUGUGUAAAGGUAAAACGACCGACGGACCCGUGACUUAACAAUAAAAUAUAGCUGUACUUGUUUAGGGGUUCAUUUCGGGGAAUACUUGCCAAGAGUAUCGUUUUGUUUCCAAUACUUGUUAAGGGGUGCAUUUUCAGAAUAUGGAAAAUACAUCGCUGUACUUCUUUAGGGGCUCAAUUCUGGGAAUACUUACCAUAUAGUAUUUGUUUCCAAUACUUGUUAAGGGUAGGGUUUCACACGCCAAUACUUGUUAAGGGGUGCAUUUUCAGAUUAUGGAAAAUAUGUGUUUAGGGUGCUUUUCAAGACCCCGUGGUCACGCAUGGUAUCCACUUGUCAAUGGAAGUGGCCCCUCCGGGGCCCAGACCUUCUACAUGUGGUAUUAUUCUGAAAUUAUUUGUUUGUGUUUCUAGUUCAUAUGGAAGGUUGUAAUGUUCUCAAAUUAUCAUGGCUUGAGGAGGUCAUGAAGUGAAGUAAGACUGGAAACAAAAUAGGGGUCAGGUAUACAAAAAGAUAUGAGAAAGUUAUGAAAAAUUAAAUGGACAUUUUCCAAUUUGCAUGAUAUUGAAAUAAAAUGAGCAUGUCUUUGUAUUUAAAUGCCUCGGUACAUGUAUGAAUAAUUGUUUACCUUUUACAAAGUAAGCAUGCAAAAUACUUGGGUUGUUACUUGUCUGGUAAGCUCCUACCAAAACAAAUGAUUUCUGCCCCACCUAAAAAUACAUUUAUAUCCAAUUUAGAUCCUUGUUAACAUUUAUCAACAUCAGUAGAAUUAAAUUAUUUCUAUCAUGGU